CAGCAAAACGUCAUUUAGCCUACUAUCAUAAAAUAGGUGACGCUUUUGUGACGUUUUCCUACGUUUUAUCAUAGGGCCACUACGUUUAUUUUUACCACUUAAAAAUAAUGUCCAUAUGUAAUAUCAUUCAAACAAAGAGGCUUUCAGAAUGAUUAAGACUGACAACGGUGGCUAAUGCAGUAGCAGUAACUGAGACAAAUCUAUGAUCAAAACAGCAGGAUGAGGAGGAUGAGUGUCUUCCCACAGCAUGCCACAGCUCUGGGAAACUUGGGACGAACUGUGAACGAAAUCCGGCAGGAAGCUGAAAAGGGUAAAUCUGAACUGGUAUCUGACCUGGUUAGCCUGUCAGCCGGAGCCAGAAUUCAAGCCAUACGAUCAUUACCUAUGCCAUUUAAUGAGAGGAAAACAAUCAGGAACAGAGUGAACUCUGUCAAAAUCUCAAAGACCAUCCUCGCUGCAGACUGUCGUCAACGGGUGUCUCGGUCUUUCCGCAGAUUUCGUGGCAGCUUGGCAUCAGCUAGGCAGCAUUUGAUUAUAUGGCAGGACACUCUGAAGGAGAUCGGCGGCAGGUUUGGCACUUCUGUCCUCUCCUACUUCUUGUUCCUUAAAUGGCUCUUGCAGUUCAACCUCUUCUCCCUCAUCAUCAACUUCUGCUUCAUCACAAUGCCACAAAUUGUGCAUGCGCCCAAUAUCAGCAGCAUCACAGGCUUCAGAGGACUUGAGCUCCUCACUGGGGUGGGUUAUUUCAACCAGACGGUCUUGUUCUAUGGUGGUUAUAAUGGUGAAGUGAUCGUAUCCAAACCAGCUUACAACAUGCAGUUGGCCUAUUUUUUCACCAUAGCCGCAUAUCUGGUGCUCUGUGGGGUGUCUCUUAUCUACAGCAUGUCCAGAUCUUUUCAGAAGAACUUUGUGUUAGAGACAGGGCCUGUCUCUGGAGAAGCAUGGCGUCUCCUGUGCAGCUGGGAUUUCAGUGUUGUCAAUGAAAAAGCCAUACAGUACAACAAGAACAAUCUCGCCAUUCAGCUGAAGGAGUCCUUAUCAGAAAGGUUACAGGAGAAAAACAAAAUGUCUCUGUCUGACAGAAUAAAGCAUCUGUCUCUCCACCUACUGGCCUGGCUGCUCUCUUUAGGACUUGCCCUAGGAUCCGGUGCAGGCAUCUACUUCCUGGGGACAGAUCCAGAACUGGCAUUCAGUUUCAAUCACAAUCCAAAUGAUUUAAGGGCAGAGGCAUCUACCCUGCUUCUGCCUGUGGUCGUGUCGCUCAUCAACCUGAUAGUGCCUCUUCUCUACUCUCUCAUCAGCACAAUAGAGAGUUACUCCAACCCACGUGCAAAGAUCUACAUCAGCAUCAUUAGAAGUGUUAUUUUAAAGAUGUCCAUUCUUGGAAUCCUUUGCUUUUACUGGCUGAAUUUCGUUCCUGACAAUAUCUCAUGUUGGGAGUCCUUUGUGGGGCAGAGCGUGUAUCGACUGCUGAUAAUUGACUUCAUAUUCUGUCUACUUGGCAUUUUCUUUGGGGAAUUCCUACGCAAUGUAAUCGGAACCAUGUGCAUCCAGAGUCUUGGCGUCCCAGAGUUUGACAUUGCUAGGAAUGUACUUGAUCUGAUCUAUGCCCAGACUCUGGCUUGGAUUGGAAUUUACUUCUCCCCCCUACUUCCUGUAAUGCAAGUCCUAAAAUUGUUUAUCAUCUUUUACUUGAAAAAGAUCAGUCUGAGUAUGAACUGUCAGCCUCCCAAACACACUGGCAGAGCCGCUCAGAUACAAACGGUCUUCAUCGCCCUACUCUUCUUCCCUUCGUUUGUGGGCGUGCUAUCCAUGGUAGCAUUCACAGUGUGGAGUCUGAAGCCCUCAGAUCAGUGUGGGCCCUUCCAGGGUCUCGACACCCCCUUCCACACCAUUUUCAAUUGGACUGAUUCUAUUCAGGACUUUCCUGAAAGUAACUGGGUCUGGUGGAUAUUUGAAAACAUACUGAGAAGUGAACUCUUCUACUACCUGAUUAGUCUCAUCGUCCUAGUCAUCACUUAUUUUCUCUGGCAAAUCAUUCAGGGACGGAAACAGCUCAUCAAGACUCUGCGAGAGCAGAUCGUGAAUGAAGGAAAGGACAAAGCAUUUCUCUUGAAUAAACUGCAAAAUCUACAGAAGGAGAGAAGGGAAAUGGCAUCUUACAGACCUCAGGACUUUGACCAGACACCACAUUUCAACCCAAACUGGAUGAAUACGCUGCCCUUGGAUAUGUGAAAUACAUUCUUCAAUUAUUUUCAAACUGUACAUGCUUUUUUUGUAAAUAUUGCAUUAAUCUAACUUAUUUUGAAAAUUCCAACUAUCAUCUCUCUACUGGAUGCAAAGAGGAAUGAUUUGGAACAUCAGCAGUAAUGGCAUUUUGUGCUUGUCUAGUAGGUGACCGUGUGUUUACUGUGGAGCCUCGCACAUGGUAUGUUUGAAAAAAAAAAAAAUAGAUAGUGUGGUCACAAAUUAAGAAUGUGUUCCCAAGAUUUAUUUGUGGCCAUGUUUUAUUAAUUCAUUCCGUUGUUUUAGUUAAGUCACUCCCACACCGUAUUAAUUUGUUCCCUUGUUUUAGGUUAAUCAUGGCCAUGUAGUGCAGUAUAAUUUUCAUGUAUUUUUUAAUUUAGUUAAAUAAUGGCAGACUAAAACAAGAGAACAAAUAUUAAGUAAAUUUUCCUUCACCCAUCAUGUCAUGUGCAAGGCUCCAUAAUUUCCUCAUAAGUAGGAAAAUUACUGUACUAGGAAAUUUUGCCCAUAGUAAUUUGAUUGUUUUUUUUCCUCAACACAUAUUCUGAUGCUUUACAUACUUUAUAGUUUA